UACCCAUCGGCCCUCCCUGUUGAUGCUCAAUAAUUGGCAUCAGACUUCGCUCUCAAGCGAUCCUUUUAUUGCAAACGCAAAGUUUCCACAGUUUGAGUCAAAGGCCCGUCCUUUUCCCUGGGCUAGACAUAUCUCCACCCCUGGCCGAGAUUGAUAGUCGGUUUUUCACCCUGAUUGAGCUGCUGGCUGUCUAAUCUCAGCCCCUUGCUCGUUUCGGAUUGGUCGUUUCCUUAAACCCCUGUCUAGGCAGUCCCGUUAUAUGGUAUAAUUAUUCCAUCCUCCCCAACCCUUCCCCUGUCUUGAAUUAUUUUUUUUUCUGGUUUAUUUUCUGCUUCAGCCUCAUUUUUGCCCAUUCGUUUAAUUUUACAUCGACCCCCUCUUUUUUUGGGAGCAUGAUGGAGUCUGUUCGUCCCCAACGGCUGCAGCCCGGCAUCGGACUUGGAGCCGGCGGCACCGGGACGCUGCGCUCUUCUCUCCGGCCUGGGGUUACAGUCCCCACCGCUCCGCCGCCUCCGCCGUCGGCUUGUCUGGGCGCCUCGGCCGGGCCGCCGCCGCCGCCGCCGCCGCUGCAGCUGCACAGCCUCGGCGUGGCGAUGCCGGGGAGCGCCGGGCUGGGAGCCGCUGGGGUGGCCGGGCUGGGGAUGUGCAGCCCGGGCAACCCGGCUGUGUUGAGGGAGGCGGUGGAAGCUGUUGUUAGGAGCUUCGCAAAACACACCCAGGGAUACGGAAGAGUGAACGUGGUGGAGGCCCUCCAGGAGUUCUGGCAGAUGAAGCAGUCCAGGGGGGCUGACCUGCGCAAUGGGGCUCUGGUGGUCUACGAGAUGGUGCCCUCCAGCAGUCCCCCCUAUGUCUGCUACGUCAGCCUGCCCGGAGGCAGCUGUUUCGGCAGUUUUCAGUUCUGCCCGACGAAGGCCGAGGCCCGCCGCAGCGCCGCCAAGAUCGCCCUGAUGAACUCGGUGUUCAACGAGCACCCCUCCAGGCGGAUCACGGACGAGUUCAUCGAGAAGAGUGUGUGCGAGGCCCUGGCCUCCUUUAACGGUAACAGGGAGGAGGCGGACAACCCCAGCACUGGCAUCGGAGCCUUCCGGUUCAUGUUGGAGUCGAACAAGGGAAAGUCCAUGCUGGAGUUCCAGGAGCUCAUGACGGUGUUCCAGCUGCUGCACUGGAACGGCAGCCUGAAGGCCAUGAGGGAGAGGCAGUGCUCCCGGCAGGAGGUGCUGGCCCACUACUCCCACCGGGCGCUGGACGACGACAUGCGCACGCAGAUGGCCGCCGACUGGGUGAACCGAGAGCAGGGCGUCCCCGGCACCAUCUCGCGCGAGCUGGGGGCGGCCGAGAGGGAGCUGGAGGAGGCGCGGCUGGCGGGCCGGGAGCUGCGCUUCCACAAGGAGAAGAAGGACAUUCUCAUGCUGGCGGUCGGGCAGCUGGGCAGCGCCAACGCAGCCACCCUGCCCUCCAGCUGCUAGAAGGAGACGGGAGCAGGCCCUGGGCCGCCCUGCCGCACACACUCCGCUGAAAGGUCUUCCACCGCCUGAUACCGACCCCAGCAUCUCCACCCCCCUCCUCACCCCAUCGUCGCCAGCCUGCACACAGGCCACCCUGCGCUGCCUUUAGAAAGUGCUUCAGGUUCAAAUUAGAGCUGCUUCUAAGUUCUUAAAGCCAUGAAGGUUUGUUUGCUGGCUGUAAAUUAAUCUGUGCUUCGGUUUCAAUACGUUUCACUCACCCAGUGUGCUUGCAGUAUCUUAAGAGGUCACCACAAAGCUGGCCUUCACCCCUGGGUGUGCGUGAGAGGCAGGCUGGACUGGCCUCCUGUGAGCCGCCGCUAGCCCUUCAGGACCACGUUCCCUGCGGCGCCAUCUACUGGCAGCAGCUGCACGAUUUUCAGGUCUUUAAAAUGAUGAGAUCUGAACCAAGUUUCUUUUUUUCCUUGGGCUGUUCUGAUGAAAAUCAUUUUUUUCAAAGAAAAUAUUGCCCAUUAGAAAAAUAAUUCUGAAUGAUCUUCUUGAUUUUUAUAAACACUUAAAAUCUCCAAGUGAAAGUCCUCUACUUUUUAUCCUUAUUUUCUAUCCUUGAGCCGGGGUUUUUAGUAAGAGUUGUUCAGAAAUCUUGAGAUGUUUUUUCACAGUCUAUUUGCAGGUCAUUUUUGCCUAAAAUAUGCUGAGGUAUGGAAUUUUUGCUGUUUUCUCAGAAGCCACUGCAAAUUGUAAAAACAAAUAUUUAGAUGAAGUGUUCUCGUCUGUUUUGGCGUUUCUUCGUUAUAUUUAAAGGAACAUUUUAAGUAAGUUAAAUGGCAACGGCAAUUAUUUCGUUUCAUUUGAAUUUAUUUUGUCAGAGUUUUGUCUUUGCUUGUGUUCUGAGAGGUAAAAGUAUUAACCUUUGUAAAACAGUGACAAACUUUUGCGUUGCUUAAAAUAACUAUGUUUAUUUUACGUGGACAGUAAUCUCAUGUAACACAUUUACUGCUUUGAAAGUAGUCAUUUAUAAGCAUACGACUAUUAAUUAGCCAUGAACGUUUCACAAUGCAAGAAUGCUCAUAUAUCCAGCUUCUGUUUGCGAAUGGCUCACUGAGUGAAUCUUAUCAUGCAUCAUGAGAAUCACUCAACUAUAUUUAAUUUGAUUCUCAUUAAAAUGAAUGCCCCUUUCAUAUAUAUUUUAAGAAAAAAAUACUUCCCCCUCAUUUAAAUUAUGUAAUUCAUUAAAUUGAGUUUAAAAAAAAAGAGUGAAAAUCUUAAAAAGUUACUCCCGAAAGUUUAUUUAGUUUAUGCUGUUACAGGGCUAAUUUAAAUACUUAAAAUAACCUUGUUUUCACUUCUGUGGUGGGAUAGUUGAAUAGGCCAGUGGUUUUCAACCUGUAGUUUAGAACUGAACUGUGACAUACUAACUGCAUUUGUAUAGGUGGCAAUUUGCAACAAUCCCUCUACUUCUGGUGAUCAGAUAGUCCAAAGUGUUAAAUAGUCAGGACAGGUAUUUCCUAAUGGGCUCCUCUUUGCCAUGUUCUACUGAAUAAGUACCUAUACCCAUGUUGUGUUGAUGUGCUAAACCCACGUAUGGACAAACUACAUUUCAAUAGCUUUCAUAGCUGGUCAUAAAUCACCAGUUUCCAAGGCUUUUAGAGCACAUGCAUGUUCUCUGUUAAUUUUUGAAGCAGAUAUUAUUAUUCAAAGGAAAAACCGGGCCUCAUACAUAUUAGGCUUGGGGUGAAAUUAUCUCUCAGUCUGCCCCAUUUCACACUUAACGUAAAAGUGACUAAAAACUCUUUAAAAAAAGAGCAGAGCUCCGGCAAACAUGGUAGGAAUGUGUUGUUGGAGAAAACAGCUGGAGCCUUUUCUGGGCCAUUUUGGAAUGCACUAUCUGAGGAGGUGACCUAAACCGUGUGGAAGGCAACAUUUUUGAGGCUGAAGCAGUCCCAGGGGCCUCAGCGCAUUUCUCAAGAAUAGACGAGGACAGGCAAGCAAUAGAAAAGCCAGGUGCGUCCUUAUUCUCAUUUUGUCAAGUUGAAUCGGUUUCAGCCCAUGAGGAGAAGGGCUGGUCUCCCACUUCGUUAGUGCUUCCCUUGUGCAGAGAGGCCUCAGUGUCUCUGUCCUGGGCCCAGCACACAGAAUAGGGAUGGGGAAUGGAUUAUAUAUCUAUAUCUUCCUUUGACACAGGUCUUUUUAAAACAUUUGAGGACACUUAUGCCUGUUUAUACUUCCAUGGGCCCUAGUUAGCACACUGCUGGCACAAUACUACAGAACCUAGGAGAUACCUGUACAGAAAGCCUUUAAACUACACUCCUUCAACUUCAACUUCCCAUUCUUCGUCUCCUGCUCGUGUUUAAUUAAGUGAUCAGCCUGCAACACAGGAGAACAUUUAUUAAUGGUUUGAUGCAGAGACUUAACAUUUGAUGAUAAUGUUUUGUUUAGUGUCCUUAGGAAUGCAUCGAUCUCGCACAGUCGAUCAGAAUUCACUUUGGUUUCGGUUGUCGACAUCCGUUUCCUCUCAGAGUCAGCUGUCCCACCACUUGGCUUGGACAGUCCGACAGCUUAGUUCUGGCCACAACGUCUUCUCUCACUGUAUUCCAUGAGGUCCGACAGGGACAAAGUGGGAUAAAAAUUAACAAAAAAAACCUGCCGCAGCCUGUCUGCUGCUACCGCAGAUGUUCAGUGGGCCACGCAGGUGAAUUAGAUGAAUGUCGUGAUCCUAGGUUCACUGCCUGUCACUGCUGAUCCCAGGUUUUCCUGGAGUCGUCUACUGUUUGCCAAAGCAGUCAAAUGUCUGUCACAGACAAGCUGCCUCAAAUCAUGUCAGUAGCAACCAGGUUGAAAGCCCGUAUCAUCAUCUUAAUUAUGCAGCUUGAACAAGGUUGUCUUUUGCUAACUCAAAUUGUUGUGAAAGGCUACUGACACAGAUCCUUUACUUGUUUGGGCAAUUUUAACUGAAGUGGCCGACCACACAUUGAGUGCCUGGCGGUUUUAUGAUGCGAAUCCGUGAUUUUGUCAUCCCAAGUUGUCCAAAAAAUCAACAAUCCCUUCUGCUCACUAGGUGAGAGAUAAAUUCUAGAAGUUCCUAGUAAGCCACGGAUGAAAAACAUGGCAGUCAAUACGCGUUCUUCAGCGUGCAUGGGGCGUUAAGCUUUGACUGCCUUUGCAGUGGUCUAGUUAAUAGAUCCAGUGUAUAACAUGACAUCGCCACACCUCAUUUGACAUAAGCAAGUCCUUUUAAAUGUGAAGAAACUGACAUUAGGUACGUACGAUACAGUACUAUAUAGUCCCACAGUUUUGUAGCAUUUUGUGGAAGUUGGCAGUCAAAUUGAGAGCGCAGAGACAUGUAAUAUUUGUGGAGAGUGUGGUAUACUCUAUCUGAACAGCAUGGUAUAUCAAAUUUUUUAUUUUACUAAACAGGACAUAUAGCAGUCGCACGCAGAGCUGCCGAAACCAUUGUUCCUCAUGCUGUUUGUACAGAAGCCAUAUUGACCAGGGUCUGGGAGGAAUUACCUUAGAUUUCAUUCUUAAUUUGUGCAUUUCAGUUAUUAGAAUUAUUACAGUUUUCUUAACGCAACAGUGCUAAAUACUUUGUAUAGCUCUUUGUAAAGCAGUUGAUCAUUGCAGUGUUUUGUUUCAGACAUCCCAGUCUACUUGUGUAAUCUCAGGGCUUCUUCUGUCAAACAAACAAAAUAAAUAGUCAAAAGUUCAUCGCACAGCUGUGCUCCAGACCAGGUCAAGUUUUUAAGUAUUACUGUUCGAUUUUUCUUGUCCAUUGCAAUGGAGAAGGGACCAUGGUCUGGUGUCUCUACAGCACAGCAUCAGAAAAACACAGCUCCCUGUGUUACCUUUGCAGGGUAUGAGUGUUGGACCGCCACCCUCUGGUCCUUGAUUUUCCCUUGAGGUGUUCACACUAACCAACCCGUCUCGCCUGCCUCCCAGGACCUGAUGACAUCAGGUUCCAAGACGGCUGCCUUUCCUACCUGAGCUCUGAGCCUGCCUCAGUGUGUUUCUCUGAGGCUCUAUAGCCAAGACUUGGUCUGUUUUCAGUGGUACACAACUGUAGAACCCCAUCUGUUUCAUCACGUGUAAAAAAGCAGGCUUAUGCCUGCCCUGCCAUUUGUCAUAGAAUCAUCCCAUGGUGUUUUGAUGGCGUUGUGCAUUUUUCUGAUCCUAGGUUUGUGGGACGUGCGUUCUUAGAUUUCCUUAUGGUUGACCUGCUUGGCCAGAACAUACUUCUCUGUAAGAGUUGUGUUCAGUGCACUCAUAUGACCUCAGAACUUCAUGCAGGGCAGCUUUGAACAUCACGAAGCUGUCGUUGAUAGUCGUUCAUGGGGCGUCUGAAGUUUUCCAAAACCUUCUAACUCUUUAUUUGUGGGUUUUAAAAAUACAAGUGUGGGUUUUACCAUAGGGGGGGUUCAUAAUGCAAGUGGAUCACCUGAGAUGUCUGGUAAGAGAGAUAUCACAAAAAAUACACAUCCAGACCUCUAAUUCAGUCACCCUUUUGAGAAUAUCUUUUAGGGAAGAACAUAUUUAAGAUAUUAUAUUCAGAUAUUUUCAACUAUUUCAGUCUUUUUGAAUCCCCUCCAGAAAAUGUUCUUAUAUGACUCUUGUAGUUAAUAAAUCACAAACAUAAGGGUGCUUGUUUAAAGUGUUGUAAAUAUAUUGCUUUGAAAAAACUUCUCUUUUUUUGCAGUUUCAUGACCUUCAAUAUGUUCUUAUAAAUAUACCUUAUAAACAUUUACAAGUGCUAAACUGUUUCAUAGUAGAAUGUAGCCAGUAGAUCUCAAUCAAGGUAAAUGUGUAGUACAGCAAAAAUGAAGUGUGAAACAUUUAAUUUAGAAACUUAAAGGGUAAAAAAACUUUGAGUGAUGGAAUCAUACACUUUGGGAACCGGGAUGUGUACAGGGGAAGUAAAAUGAGGUGGCACGUUUGGAGAAAUAUAUAAAUACAAAUUCUGCUCUUCUGAUCUCGGCUCUCGCCUUUCCCCCACCUGUAAGAUAAGGAAGGCCUCCAUUUUAUUGUAAUAACAUCGAUUGUAACAGCUUUGUUAUUAAUAUACCGUAGUUUGCAUAAGAAACCAGUCUUGUCAUGUACUGUAGAAAUGUGACAUUCACGCUGAUCAGGAUCUUCCAAAAGGUGAGCACGGCAGCCCAAGGUAAAUUAUACAAAGGUAGCCAAUCUGAAGUGGUCUAGUAGCUACAGUAAUGAGACUCAUUUGCUGAUUGGCUCAUUGUAAAGUGUUACUCAUCACUGGCAUCAUUUGUUACUCUCUACACAUCCGUAAAUCAUUAAAAGCUCAAAGGCUGCUUUCUACAAAAUAUAGCUCUGUCAGUAUUGGAUGUAAAACAAAAUGGCUCAGAUGGCGAUAGAACUGGUUCUGCAUGCAACGUUGCAAAAUUCGGUAGACCUCUGCACAACAGUGUAAUUUUUGGAAGUGUUCAAAUUAUUUCAUAAAAUACUUCAUAGUAUUUGGAAAAUGUUAGAAUAUAGUAGCACAAUAGUGAACAGGGUUUAAAAGUUUGUCAUUAUUUGUACAUAGCGUUCUUUUAGUCCUCUCUUGGGUAAAAAAA